CCCAUCCCGCAUGGUUUUCCUGUUUCCUCGCGUUAUGGCCUCGGUUCUAGUGGUCACCGAGUAGGGGGAUCAUCACCUUCCUCAGGCAGUGGCAACUCAGUUUCCACUUCAGCCGCAGUCGUAAGUCAGUCAGCUGGAAUCAGUUGUGUCAGUGCCACUGCUAGUGGUGUUAGUGCAUCUGGACAUCUGGGACAUAUGCAUCACGGACAUGCUCACGGGCACCAGUCUUAUAUGCAUCAGCAACAACAUCAACAGCAGCAGCAACAACAAAUGCAGCAACAGCAUCAUCUACAUCAGCAACUGCGAUUUAACCAACACCAGCACCAUUAUUCCGCUGUUAGCCCUAUAAUGGCAGCUAUUGCUUCAUCUGGCCAUGGCAUGCAUGGGACACCAGGGGCAAUGAACCAGGCUUUUGUAAUUGGCCGUCCUACUGACUGGACUAUACACGAGGAGGCUGCUCUUUUCCAGGCGUAUGUGGGACCGGCGACGGGUCUUCUAUGUUAUAUAGGUGAACUGACAGGACCCAGGUAA